UGCACAGCAACGAUUGCAACGCGAAUAAAACCGUUCGGCACGAUUCGCAAAUGCCACAACAGCUUGAAACUCUCUUCUCGGAACAUCUGCACUUUUUUCUGCGUAGAGUUUAUCCAGCUUCCAGUUUCACAACUCGAGCUUUGGUCCACAAAAUGCCUCGACUUUUCCUGCUGGGAGCUUUACUCCUGCACGUCGCAGCCUCCAACGCAGCGCAACCGGAAGCUCCGGGAGCGCUCGACUCCAGGGUCAGACAGUAUGCCCUCAACACAGUAACUCGCGACUCGAAACGCUUCUCGAGCAAAUUGGUGCAGGAAGUCGCGAAAAUCGAUUCGAAAAAUCAAGUCGUUUCUCCGCUCGGUCUUUCUCUUACUUUGGCCAUGGCGUCCUUUGGAGCACGCAGAAAGUGUCAAAACAUAUUUCAGGACGUUGUCGGGACUCCGUUCAUAACAUAUACUGGAAAAGUUGGAUACCAAGCUCUCAUCGAUUACUUGGCUAGCUAUAGGGGAGGAGUGGAGCUGCGCGUUGCCAACGGCGUAUUCCUCUCGUCGAAGAUUCAACCGAAACGUGAGUUCAUCGAAGUCACUGCACAAGCUUUUCGUUCGGCGGUUCAAAAAAUCGAAUUCGAAAAAUCAACCGAAGCGGUUAACACGAUAAACGAAUGGAGCCGGAACAGGACGAACGGCCAUGUCGAAAGCGUUUUACAACCAGGUGACGUCAACGAGGAUACCAGCAUGGUCCUCGUGACCGCUGUGUACUUCAAGGGCACUUGGAUGAAAAAUUUCGUCGUCGAAAAUACACGGGAACAACCGUUUUAUCUCGAGGACGGGACGGAAAUAAAAAUUCCAACGAUGAGUGUCGAAAGAUCUUUCCGUUACGGCGAGUAUCCCGAAGCUGAUGCCAAAUUCGUCGAGCUCCCGUACAAGACCGAAGAUGCAGCUCACAACAUGAGCAUGUACAUAAUACUUCCGAAUAAAAAAUCCGGUCUCAAGCAUCUCGAGAAAAAUUUCCACCAAAUAACCGUACAACAACUUAUCGCAAGGGGAACGAAAAAAAAAGUUUACAUUCAUCUGCCAAAAUUCAAGAUCGAAAGUGAAAUCGACCUCAAGGAACCUUUGUCACGUAUGGGAAUGUCUAGCAUGUUCGAUCCUCGCGAAGCCGACUUCUCAGAUAUCGUUACAUCCCCUCGGCUCUACGUAACGAAGAUCGUCCAAAAAUCUGUCAUAGAAAUCAAUGAAGAAGGUUGCGAGGCCGCUUCAUCGAGUGCUGUAGCUUUUUCUUCACGAUCAUCCUUCGAUUCUCCGACUUUGUUCUUCGCGGACCAUGCUUUCUACGUUUGUGUCGUCACCACGGGCGCAAACCCUCAGAAUAUCUUCACCGCUCGCUUCACAGGCCAAGAAGAGGAAAAAAGUGCGCGACGGUGCUGAGCAGCUUUUCGUGCGGAAACUCGCAUAAUCAAUUUACUUUACGAAAUAAAUAAUUGAGGAUAAAUAUUAAACGUCGAAAACGAUCGGGUCGACGAUGCUGGUCUACAGAAUCGAUAAUAAAAAUGUUAGUUUUCAUGGAAGGAUCGAUGAAUAAAGUGACGAAUAAUUCAUGCAAA